UGACAGUGACACUGAGUGUCAAGUGUCAACUACUAAACUAAGGCAAGGCAAGGUAAACGAAAAUUGAAUAAAAAAUUGUAUUUAUUUUAUUUUGUUUUCAAUAAAGAAAUCCUAAACUGAUUAAAAAUAUGGUGUGUAGAGUUUAAUCAUCAUUUUAUAUUUAACUAUUGAAUAGUAAACCAAACAGAAUGUCAUCAUUUCAUGAUCGGCAGAAGAAUUUAUUUAAUCACCUAAAAGAUGCAGAAGAACAAUGCAGUUUUUCCAAGUCCAACAAUGUUACUGAGCAGCCUAAUUAUGGUGUUAUCGACAGAAGGACCUAUAAAAAACUUAAGCGUGAAAUGAAACAGUUCCGCGGCAGAGAGAGUAUCUUCAAACGGCCAGAUGCGAACCUUCGAGAGUGCUUUCAGGCAAGAACGGCACCUGAUUUUUUGAAGAACCCACAGAAGUGGCAAUACUAUUCACUAUCGGAUGUUACAGCAGAACAAAUGUCUGAUAAAACAAAUAUGGAAACUGCUUUGGCAUUUAUGCGUGAAAUGGAAGAUAGGGAAUCUAAAACAGAACAGGACAUGGAAGCUAUUGAUGAAACAGGCUCAGUUUUCAAAAAACCAACAUUCAAUAUGUCAAAAAUGAUUAAAAAGUUACCUGAAGAGCAGAAAAAGCCUGUAUUUAGGAAUAACAAAAUUAUCAUGCCGGAGUAUGUGGUUGGAAUGAGUAAGAAAAAAACAAAUAAGCCCAACAUUAAGAAUAGAAAAACAAAUAACGAAGGGGAAACUAAAAAAGAAUUGAAACUGAAUCAUUUAUUUGAGGACAGUGAUGAUGAUGAAACUGAAAUAAGUAAUGAUUGUACAUAAUAAACUGAAUCUUAUAAGUUU